AUGGACUACGACCUCAAGGGUGUUGUUGAUCUCGUGAAUGGGUCCAAAGCUAACGUCACUAUUCCCCCAAAGAUCAACAUAGGCCAGCUGAGGGAAGUCACAGAAGAACUCACUGGACCUGGCUACAUCCCCAAGGCUAAAGGUCAGAUUGACGUGGGCAUUGUUGGAGCUGGAGUGGCCGGUUUGUUCGCUGCUCUGCUCUUUGAUUGGCUCAACGAUCAUCCUAAUCUCAAGGGAAAAGGGCUCAAGAUCAACUACGAUAUUCUUGAAGCCGCGGGAGCGGAGCGACUUGGUGGGCGUUUGUACACUCACCACUUUUCUGAUGAAGAGCACGACUACUAUGAUGUCGGUGCUAUGCGAUUUCCAAACAACUCAAUUAUGAAGAGGUUCUUUGAUACGCCAAAUGAAUCAGGAAGUCUUACUUACUCUAUUGUAGAACCUUUCAACUGUUCCAGUACAUUGGGCUCACCCAAGAGAGCAAGCCAGGCCUGA